AUGGUAGACGUUGUUGCUGCACAGGAAUUCAAAGAAAUUGCUAUAGCAAAACUUCCCAUAAUCCACUCAUUCACAAGAACCGGACUAGCCAGGCAAUUUGAAUUCAACAACGAACUGCUAAACAUCGUUCGGCCAAUCGUCGACCAAGCGAUAGAGGGAUCGGACGUCAAGAAGGACUUGGAGAAGGCGGUUUCUCUGUUAACAGCUAGGAACGAGCUUCUUAUCGUUGCGGACGGUGACCUCUCAGUAUUCGCAUUCUACGAUCAACACAAGAAGGCGGAGGUUGCGAAAGACCCAGUUAUAGCCGCCUUUCUCAAAGCGAAGGAAAAAGAAGUGCCCAGACCUCGUAAAACUAGUGUCUGGAAGGCUCCUCGUUUUGAUCCAUAUGAGAGGAGCAAAACUCCCUUUCGGAACCAGAGAUCGGCCUGGGCACCCGCAUCUCUUCCCUACAUGCCCCAACCUUCUCAGUUCUACCCUAAGGAACAAGGAUCGAGCAGAAGCACCAAAAUGGAAAGCAGAGCAGCCCCUAGAUUCGCGAAUUCGAGAGAUAUGUGCUUCGAGUGCGGCCGCUUUGGUCACUUCGCCAACGAGUGCAGAUUUGGCAGGAGAAGCAACUGA